GGGGCUCCAUCCGGUCCACGUGACCGGCCGCGGCGUGACCCGGAAGUGAACGCCCGGAGCGACGACGACGACGACGGCGGUGACGGCGGUGAAGUGAAGGCGGGAACAAGCGCGCGGGCGGCAGCGGCAUGGCCAUGGAUACUCGUUUCACUAGGGGCAAGUCAGCCAUCCUGGAGCGCUCGCUCACCCGCCCCAAGUCAGAGGUCAGCCUGAGCGCCUUCACUCUGCUCUUCUCCGAGAUCGUGCAGUACUGCCAGAACCGCGUGUACUCGGUGUCAGAGCUUCAGAACAAGCUGUCGGAGCUGGGCCAUCAGGUGGGGGCCCGAAUCUUAGACGUGCUGGUUAUGCGGGAGAAGAACGGCAAGCGUGAGACCAAGGUGAUCAACGUGCUGCUCUUCAUCAAGGUCAACGUGUGGAAGGCCUUGUUCGGCAAGGAGGCGGACAAGCUGGAACAGGCCAAUGACGACGACAAGACCUACUACAUCAUCGAGAAGGAGCCGCUCAUCAAUGCCUACAUCUCGGUGCCCAAGGAGAACAGCACGCUCAACUGUGCCUCCUUCACCGCGGGCAUCGUGGAGGCCAUCCUCUCCUACAGUGGAUUCCCCGCCAAGGUUACAGCCCACUGGCACAAAGGCACCACCCUCAUGAUCAAGUUUGACGAGUCUGUCAUUGCACGCGACAAGACUUUGGAUGGGCGAUAAGAUGCGCACUCUCUCCCUCUCUCACCCAACGUCAUGAACAGUAACCAUGUGCAGUGUUAAGAUAACUUUGUCUCCAACUGCCCUCCUGUUUCACCUCCCUGCUGUGGACUAUUAACCAUUCCAAGUGUGCAAGUGUUGCUGUUUAACUGUAUCCCUUAUUCCGCCUGCUUCAUUCUUCUGUGCUUUAGGAAAUCUAAAUAAGGAGGGAUUUGCUGGUACCUGGUAUUAAUUAUCCGUUGGUUGUGAAAAUUAGCAUUGCUUAUAAAACCAUUACAAAAUCUCGGGUUGCUUUGGUGGCAGUGACAAACUCUCCUGUUUGUGGUGAUUCUGUCUGUGUUGGAGUCGUUGACGUCACCUGUCCAGGUUUAUUGCAAUUCUCACUGAGAGGGAUCGCUGUAAGAGUGUGGAAAAUGGUACUGUAAGACUCCUCUGCUGCACCGAGAAAAGUAGUUUCAUUUAAUAGCUUUUAUGGAAACGCUGUCCUUUGUAAAUUAACCAGUAAAUUAACUAAAUAAAGCUUAAUAUUUACACUGGAAAUCCAUUCAUAUUGGAUCAGGAGAUUGUUAAGAACCUCAGAAAUAUUUUGUGUCAGAAUUAGAGUUUUUGUUUUGCACUGUGAAAACAGUUAAUGUUUGCAAUAAUCCAUUUCCAUUCUUUCACUUGAACCCAUCUGCAGUAAAAAUUAGUCUUGGAGCAAUUGUACGCAUUGUUCUAAUAAAAGUAAAGAA